CGCUAGAGAUAAUUGACAAGUUAAGUUUCCUAUUCCACCGGGCUCAGAGCCUAAUACAUAUUACCAACCGGUUGUUCGGGAAGAAAGGGUCCAUUGGAUUCUUCCACGUUGAAUGCUGCAGUGUCUAAGGUCAUUGUCAAGAGGCAACAACUCAAAAUAGAACAGUAUAAACAUUGUGGAUAAUUCAGUUCAGUCGUUUAUGCCUUGAACACGGAUAUACAGUGUUUGGUUCCAGUUAUUACGGAUUUUGUAUCAUCAGAUCACCGGAGAAUGACCUGCGGCAUUCAGGGCUUGGAAGCCCCAUGUCCUGCCAACAUCAACGGCGUCAGUGGAAACCUAUUCUUGGCCCUAAUCAACACACUGUUCGCCAGCCAGUGUCUCCUUGGAAGGAGAGAUGUCUAUCCACCCAACUACGCCGACAGUCUCAGUGAAAACGAAGAGUUCGACUUCAUCGUGAUUGGUGCUGGAUCAGCUGGAUCUGUAGUCGCCAGCAGACUAUCGGAAAAUGGCAAAUACAGGGUGUUGGUGUUGGAGGCGGGAGACUAUCCUUCAGCUUCAAGCGAUAUACCCAGCCUCCUUUUCAGUCUUCAAGGUACGAACGAAGACUGGCAAUACGAGACAGUACCAUCCGAAACAUCUUCGCUAGGAAUGAAAGACGGCGUCAGCAAAUGGCCAAGGGGCAAGGUUGUCGGCGGCUCGAGUUCCAUCAACGUGAACCUCUACCUCCGGGGCAACAAGAGGGACUACGAUCAUUGGGCCUCCCUCGGAAACGAAGGAUGGGGCCAUGACAACGUCAUGCCCUUCUUCAGGAUGUCGGAGAGAUUAGCAGCCCCGGAAAUAAUGAAAUCUAACAACUACGGCACAAUGGGUUUGCUGCCUUUGAGCAGAUAUGAGUACACAGAACCCGUAAGGGAUGCGCUUCUCAAUGCUGCGAAAGAAAUGGGCUACCAAGUGUCUAAGGAAGAGGUACCCUUAGGGUUUUUCGACGCCCUUAUGACAAUUGAAGAUGGAGUACGUGCGAACUCCGCCAAAGUGUUCUUGGGCAAUAACAAAGACUCAGAAAACCUCCUAUUAUCAACCAACUCGCACGUGAAAAAAAUACUCAUCGAUUUGGAUACUAAGAGAGCAACAGGUGUGGAGGUUGAAGUUGGUGGAAAAGUUAUAAAGGUAAAAGCAACGAAAGAGGUUAUUCUCUCAGCUGGUGCGAUUGGAUCACCGCAAAUACUGAUGUUGAGCGGCAUAGGACCUGAAGACCAUUUGAGAUCGAACGGAAUAGAAGUUAUACAGGACUUGAAAGUAGGGGAGAAUCUUCAAGAUCACCUGAUGUACAGUACACUCUUCGCAAAACUCAACAAAUUCUCGAAUAGACUGUUGCAGCCACACCAAGUCCUGGACGAAUUCUACAAGUACUUCAUGUACAGGCAGGGAGAAGUUGGACAAGUCAGGUUGACAAAUUUACAGGGACUCAUCAACACCAAGAAUGAUUCUGAGUACCCCAACAUACAAUAUAUGUUCUCGUUGCAUCCACAAAGCGACAUACUACUACCGGAUAUAUUGAAAUGUUGGAAUCUGGAUGAUCAAAUCGUGAACAAUAUAGUCCAUAGCAACGAGAGAAACAACGUCCUCUCCUUCUUCCUGACUGUGCUCAAUCCAAAAUCCAGAGGAAAGGUCUUAUUGAGGAGCAAGGAUCCUAAAGAUAAACCUCUGAUCCAUAGUGGCUUCCUCACGGAUGAGAAGGAUGAAGACUUAGAAACCCUUCUGGAAGCUUUAAGGUUCACUGAGAAGUUGCUGGCGACAGAAGCCAUGAGAAAUCUGGAAGCGGAAAUACUGGAUAUUGGAAUACCAAAGUGCAAGAAGUUAAAGUUUGGCAGUGACGACUAUUGGAAAUGCGCCUUCAGGAAUUUGGCUAUGACUGUUUACCAUCCUGUUGGUACCUGUAAGAUGGGUCCAGAUGACGAUUCAGAGGCUGUUGUUAAUCCAAGAUUACAAGUACGUGGAAUUAAAGGUCUGAGAGUGAUUGACGCUUCGAUCAUGCCUACCAUAACCAGUGGGAAUACUAAUGCGCCAUCUAUCAUGAUAGGUCAAAAGGGGGCUCAGAUGGUACUAGAUGAUCAUGAGUUUAUACAUACAGAAUUGUAGGUGGUGGAUGGUGAAACGAGUAUGCUUUGAACCCCACGUGGAAACUCAGGUUAUUUCACACGAAACAUUUUGAAUUGUUGGAGGAAUAUGGAGGGAAAUGAAGAUUAAAUAUUUCAUGUUAUUUAAGUUGCUGAGCAAAAAUUUUCAUCAAUAAUGAAACUAUUAGAAUUAACAUACUCACUAGUGUAUACCUACUUAAUUAUGUGUAAAAAUAGAUAUUGUAAAUGGAGGAAAGAAACUCGAUCUCGAUAGUUUUAGUAAAAAAUAUCUUCAUUCA